GCAAGUCAUGACUGCGUCUACCGCUUACGCUGAAAGCGGAACCUUAUCACACGGAACCAUUCUCUACCGGUUUUAGACAUUCAGUGUGGAGAUAUCAGUAGCGCCCGCGUGUACAUCAUGUCUAAGCGUCUCUACAUCGGAGGACUCAGCCACACUAUCACACAGAAAGACCUGCGGGACCGUUUCGGGAAGUUCGGCUCCGUGGAGGACGUGGAACUCCGAACCAGGAACGAUGAUGAGGGAGUUCCUUACAAGACAUUUGGCUACAUCAACAUCACCAUUUCAGACGGUGAUUUCAAGAAAUGUAUGACUGUUCUGAACAAGGCUAAAUGGAAAGGAGGAACACUGCAGAUCGAGCCUGCCAAGGAGAGUCCUCUGCAGAGACUGGACCAGGAGCGUCAGGCCCGGACCCUGGCCCAGGACAGCCCCGCUAAACCCCAAAAGGACAACAAGGAGAAGGUCCUGGACUCCCUGAGGACCGCCGGAGUGGAGAACUUCCACAUGAAGGCUGCUGUACCAGGGACCGAGGUCCCUGGACACAAGGAGUGGGUGGUGAGUAAGUUCGGCCGAGUGCUCCCCGUCCUGAACCUCCGGUGCGGGAAAGGCAGUAGGAGCAGGAGCAUGAAGUACGACCCGUCCAAACACAGCCACAACAUCAAGAGGCUGGAGGCCGAGCCCGACACCACCUCCGUGGCCCAGCUCACCUGGGAGGUCCCGGGGGGGGACGAUGACAUCAGCAAGAAGAGGAGGGGCGAGUUCCCCCCCACCCAGCCGUGGAGGCCCAAGAGAACCAGGACGGAGCCGGACCCAGCCAGUGCUGAUGCUGAACAGACUAAUGGUCUGGCUGGUGGCCACACGGCUGAGGAGGAGAUCCACAGCAUCUCCCAGGGUGCACCUGGGCCCAGAGAAGAGGAGGAUAUCCUGGAAGUGGUUCGAGCGGACUUCCUGGCGCGGUCCAGAAAGUUCAAUCAAGGUGGGAAGGGAGAGGAGGAGCAGUACGACUCGGCAGACACAGACGAGCUGCUGGCCUCCAACAAGCCUCCGCCCUCCUCCCUCCAAGAGAACGCCAGGAAACGCAGCCUCCCGUCGGCCUCCGGGAGAGACCAGAAGAGGAGAUCUCUUCCUCUGUUCCAGUCGCCCUCCUCCGAUGAAGAGGAUGAAGAGGACAAGGAUAACACGGACGCCCUCAAGCCAUCAGACCCUAAAGCAGACAUGAGCCAACAAUCACAGACGACAAUCUCCCGAUUGAAACCUUCACCUGUGGAAGAUAGAAAUGGAGAGGUAGAGGCAGAGAAUGAUGAAGAGGAUGAGGUAGAGGCAGACAAUAACAAAGAGUCAGAGAAUGAUGAACAGGCUGAGGUAGAGUCAGAUCAUGAUGAUGAAGAAGAAGGUGAUGUAGAGUCAGAUCAUGAUGAAGAGGCUGAUGUAGUGGCAGAGAAUGACCAAGAGGCAGAGAAUGAUAAAGAUGGUGAUGUAGAGGCAGAGAAAGAUGAUGAAGAAGAAGGUAAUGUAGAGUCAAAUGAUGACGAGGGCAGUGAAGAAGAGUCAGAUCAUGAGGAAGAGGGAGACAUAGAGUCGGACGGCGAUGACGAUUCGGACUACGACGCCAUAUUCUCACACUGCACCAGACUGGAGAUCUCCCUGGCUGACCUGCAGCGCAUCGCUAAGGAGGCUGAAACUACAACUCCCAGCAUGCCCCAGCCCCCAGGAGGAGGAGGAGGAGCAGCGGCGGCAGCAGGAGGCCCGGCAGCAGGAGCGCCGUCUCCUCGUCCUAAGAAGGGAACCACUCCUGAGGAGAUCCUAGCCAGCCUCCUGGAGGAUGACAGCGGUGACGACGACAGGAACAACAAGAAGAAGAAGAAGAAGAAGAGGGGCAGCAUGGCGGCCAUGCUGCCCGCCUUCCAGGGAACCAGCGGCCUGCUGGGGGAGGAGGAGGAGGGAGGAGGAACCACCAGGAGCAGCCAGGAGCCAGCAGAACCCUGCAGGGUCUCUCAGAGGGCCGGGACAGAACCACAGGAGAAGGUGGUUCCUCCUCCUGCCUCCACUCAGAAGGUCACAGGUGGUAAGGUUUCUGUAACCAAUGAGGAGGAAGACUCCUCCUCAAGUGAAGAGGAGGAGGAGGUGGAGAAGGAGGCGGUUCCUCCUGCCUCCACUCAGAAGAUGAAAGGUGGUAAAGUUUCUGUGACCAAUGAGGAGGCAGACGACGACUCCUCUAGUGAGGAGGAGGAGGUGCCCCCUGCAUCAAUUCAGAAAAACAAGAGUAGUAACAUUACUGUGACCAAUGAGGAGGAGGAGGAGGAGGAGGACGACUCCUCCAGCGAGGAGGAGGAGGUUCCCCCUGCAUCAAUACAGAAAAACAAGAGUAGUAACAUUUCUGUGACCAAUGAGGAGGACGAUGACGACUCCUCUAGUGAGGAGGAGGAGGAGGUUCCUCCUCCCUCCACCCAGAAGAUCAAAGGUGGUAAUGUUUCUGUGAUGGAGGAGGACGAUGACGACUCCUCCUCUAGUGAGGAGGAGGAGGAGGUUCCCCCUGCCUCCACCCAGAAGAUUAAAGGUGGUAACGUGUCUGUGACAAAUGAGGAGGACGAUGACGACGAUUCCUCUAGUGAGGAGGAAGAGGAGGUCCCUCCGGCCUCCACUCAGAAGAUCAAAGGUGGUAACGUGUCUGUGACCAAAGCCGACGAAGACGACUCUUCCUCCAGUGAGGAGGAGGAGGAGGUUGGGGUGACGGCGGCGGCGACGGCAUCACACCUCAGUCAGGAGAAUUCAUCCAGCAGCAGCAGCGAGGAAGAGGAGGAGGAAGAUGAGGAAGGGGUGCAGCAGGUGGCAGCAGCAGGGCCAGACAGAGUCCUGGACCCUAAGCGGCAGCUCCUGGACAACAAGAAGAGGCUGCAGGCUGUGGUCCGGAGGCACCAGGCCACCCAGAACCUGAGAAGCCUGAUCCAGGGAGCCCUAGCCAGCCUGGACGCGUCUGCUGCCGCCCCAGGCCAACACAUCGUCUUCGGCUCCGAUGAAGAGGAGGAGGAGCCUGAUGAGGCAGCAGCACCAGCCAACUGCAAGGCUCCUCUGAAAGAGAAGGACCUGAAGAAGGCGUCUGGCUCCAAGCUGUUUGAGGAUGAGGAGGAUGAAGGAGAGGGAGAUGAUGACAGGUUUCUGAUCAAACCUCAGUUUGAAGGCCGAGCCGGACGCAAGCUGAUGGCGAUCCAGUCGGGGUUCGGGAUAGACGAUCGGUUCCGGAUGGAUUCUCGCUUCGCAGAGAGCGAUGAAGAGGGGGAGGAAGAGAAGGGGGAGGCAACAGGCGAGGUGGUGAAGAGUGGAGUGGAGGAAGAGGAGGAGUGUCUGGACGAGGAGAGGAAGACAAACCUGUCCAUCCUGCAGAGCGUCCUGAAUGACAACCCGCAGCUCAACACAAAGCCCAAGGCCGUCGCCAAGACGCACACCUUCAGAGAUGCGCAGGCGCUGCACUACGACCCCAGCCGUCAGGAGCACGAGGUGUUUGAGGACAAGAUGGAGGACGCCGCCAAAGAGGGCAAGGCGAGCAGGAAGAAGAAGAAGCAGAAGGCGGCGGAGCUCCCGGAGGUUUCCAAGGAGAUGUACUACGACGUGAGUGCGGAGCUGAAGGGGGUGUUCGGAGGGGGGGCGCCGGGGGGCGUCGCCGCCCCGCAGGAGGCCCCCUGCUGGGACCGCCAGGAGGAGGCCCCGGAGGAGGGGGAGACGCAGGGGGAGACGCAGGGGGAGACGCAGGGGGAGACGGAGGAGCAGUCCGUCUUCAAGUUCUCCUUCUUCCAAGAGGAGACGCCAGCGAUCAAGGAGACAGAGUAUCGGGUGGAGGCCAUCAAAGAGCCGCGGGUGUCGUGGCAACUCGAAUCUGGUUUCCAUGACAGCAGCGACGACGAUGAGGAUGAGGACGAGGCUGCUGCUGCUGGGGUUGAUGAUGAAGAAAAGGUCCGACAGAGCAGCUGUGAUCCCGCAGAGGAGAGCGUGAUGUCUUGUAACAGGGAAUUAUUCUUCUACUACCCUGAGGACAGCAGACUGACAGACGGUCCUCUGUCCUUCUGCCGCUCAACUCUCCUGAAGGAAAACGACUGGGAGGAGAAAAGAAACGCACUCAUACAGGACUGUCGCAAUACCCACAAGAAAGCCCGCAGGAAAUGCACCAAGAAGCGCUGAGGAUUGUGGGUAACCAUGUGGUGGCUGUCGGGCUGAAAGGAACAGCGGUCAUCUCUCCAUCAGCUUCCUGUUUCUUUGUGCCUGCUUCCUUUGAUACUUCCAUUCAUCCCCGGAACACGAUUGGCCGGUCUUUCUCUCAACCGUUAACCCCUGGAAUCCUAGAGCAGUACUUCCUGCAUAACAGGAAGUACAUCAGCAGGUAGUGUGAGGCCACUUCCUGUACUGACUAGACAUUAAUUUCAGUGUGGUUUUAUUUUAUAGUAUUAUAUAAGAGUCAGUUAAGAGCCGACAUCUUGUCUUCUCUCCGGCAUUAUUUUCUUAAUGUCAUUUUAGGCAAUGCCUCGGGUACUGUCUUUCAUUCACAGAACUAUGAGUACAGUCAGAAACACUUAGGUUUAAGUUGGUCAGAACUAUGUAUACAGUCAGAGACACUUUUGGUUUCAAUCGAUCAGAACUAUGAGUACAGUCAGAAACACUUAGGUUUCAAUCGGUCAGAACCAUGAGUAAAGUCAGAGACACUUUGGUUUCAAUCGAUCAGAACUAUUAGUACAGUCAGAAACACUUUGGUUUCAAUCGGUCAGAACAAUGGGUACAGUCAGAAACACUUUGUUUACAUCAGUUUCAGCCUUUCAUUACCAGAACUGUACAGUCAGAGUAUAGCAGGGCAUCAGCGGCCAUCUUGUGUAUAUAUAUGAUUGUUGAUGUGUAUAUACAUGCAGCAGGAUGGCCAAUUAUGAAGCAUGAAAUAUUAACAGAGGGCAUCGAUAAGAACAGCUGAUAGCCCUGUGUGCUGCUAGUGGAACAGCUUGCUUCUUAUUUAAGCAGUUGAAACAGGAAACAUGGAUUAGGUUAGGGACAAGAACAGCUUUGUAUCAAAUAAAGUCAUUAAAAAGAAACUGUU